AUGCUGGGAUACAACCAGCUCGUGGGGAGUCUUCCGUCGCUGAAGCUCAUGCGCGCACUCAAGGCCGUGUCUGCCAAGUACAACUUCCUCACGGGUGCAGCAGAAGGCCUUCCUGCGUGCCCCACAUAUCAGCUGUUUCUGGACUUCAAUUGCUUUGCAGUCGAUCUGAACUUUUGCGGCAGCGACCAGACUCAGAAGAGCUCCGGCUGGGCCGUACAUCCCCGCGCGCCUCUCCUCCUUCUCCGACGCAGUGGAUGUGUUCCGCUCCGCCUACUCUGCCCCCAAUGGCUCCGUCUUCCUCUCCCCGCCAUCGCCCACAGCAUCAUGGGGAGCAGCCUUCAUACAGCAGCCCAUCACUCUCUUGAGCAGCAGUUUGACUCGGUGCUGAGUGUGAAGCACAGCGACCCCAACGACAACCACGUGGGCGUCAAUGUGGGCGGCUCACCUGUGUCCCUCGCCUCUGCCACGGCCCCUCUCAUCCUCAACGACGGCCACACCAAGCACGCCUGGAUCCACUACGACCCCACCAGCGGCGGCACCCUCCGAGUCUUCCUCUCAGCCUCCAGGCAGCAGCCGUCCAAGGCUGUGGUGACGGCCAGAGUGUCUCUGUGCAGCGCGCUCAAGCCCACCAUAGGGGAUUCCUCCUUCCUCUUCGGCUUUGUGGCUGCCUCGUUGAAAAGCGCUCAGGGGCAUGACGUCCUGAAAUUCCUUCUAACUCAAAAUCCCCGGGCUUCUAAGGUGCGAAGGUUGAUUGAGGAGAGAGUGGUGGUUGGCAGUGCGUUUGGGAUGGUAGCAUCAGCAGAGGAGGUGGCAGCAGGCGGUGAGGGUGAGAGUGUGCCCGUGUCGUUCCACUAUUCCAGCCUCUCCUUCCUCCCCACUACGGACACCGACUCCUCGGCGUACGCGGUGGUGGCGGCGGUGGAGGCGGCCUACAGCAUCGCGAGCAACGGGUCGCAGCCCCCCCGGCUGUCGGUGGAGCAGCUGCGGGUGGCCCUGUCGGCCAACUGCGACGACAUGCCUCCGCGCGAUGUGCUGGCCUUCCUGGUGGCUGCCACGCGCAAGGGAGGGGGGCUCGUGGAUGACGCAGCAGCGGCGGCCGCCAGUCCCCACAGCAUGGCGUCCGCCGGCCGCCGGGAGAGACUGGCCGCGGUGAGUUGCAGCGAGUGGUGGGUGCUGGUGGUGAUGAAUGAUUGGUGA